CCUUCCAAAUAUUGCCAAAUCCAAUGAAUACCGCCGCUAAAUCAAUUCAAAUACAGAUCAAAAUUUGAGAAGGAGUGGCACAUAAUAUUUUGCUGGGGAAUGUGUUGAAUCGUCAUUCUCAUGCAUAGUUCCAGAGAUUGAAUCUGACAUAAAGUGCUCCUUUUCUAGUAUCAGAAGAAAAAAAAGUUGAAGAACUAUUGCUGAAUAAGUGUAAUUGCAUGCCGAUUACAAUUUUGUGUUAGUAGGCCUACACUCUUAACAGUUCUAGUUUUGCAUCUCAAGGCGGGACAUUUUAUUUCGUGAAUCCAUCCUGAAAUUCCCGGGUCAAGACACCAGCUUCUAUACAUCUCGAUGAUGUCGAUUGAUACAUCAGCUGUGGGCAUGAUCGACGACAUGAUCACGGAGAAAACGGCGAUCGAUGACAACGACGGUAUAUGUGACCUCUUGCCCGACGUCGUCCACACCGCAAUGAGAGGGAUCGCAGGGGGCUUGGGAAAGAUUGGGGACAGCGUCAAUGAGUUGGUCGACGAAGUAGCGGACAGUUUUAAUCACGUCAUAAAAUCGUUUGCGUUCAGCAUACCGUUUAAUCAGGAGACAGUGCCUGUCACCGAUGAGAACCUCGGCAACAACAUUCAUUUACCAAGUCUUUUGCCAAAUGGCGCCCCCUAUCGGUUUGGUCUGCAUAUCAGGCGGGAUGAUUUGGGCUACAGAAUCGCCAGAAUCUUCAAGAAUACAAUCGCACAUCAUGCCAAGCUUGAGGAGAAUGACCUCCUGACUCAUCUCAAUGAUGUUGACCUAUCUACGACAAACAUUGUGAAGGUCAUUUCCCUUUUCUUAAGAGUUGGAAACCCGUUUUCCCUGACAAUUCUCCGAGAAGUGGAAUCGUGUGAAAGAAUAGAGAUCGUCAUUCAAAUCACCACUGAAAUAAAUGAUAUCGAACAGUCCAUCGACUUCAAGGUCACUGUUAGCGGUACACAUUACAUACGAGACACCAAUGAUACAUUGACGCCCUAUUACAUCACUCAAGACCCGGAUGGUGAAUCGGAGCAAUACGUCAACAUGGAAUCGAAUGGCAGUUUGGUCAUGGGCUACGAUCAAAACGCUGCCUCGUUUGUUUUGGAGAAGUACUUCACGAUCUUCGCUGAUGAUUCGUUCCCAGUGAUCCUCAAAACGUCCGAUGGCAGACGUGCAUUUAGUUUUACUCAGGAAAGGAUGAUGCCGUUUAAUGUAAGGAAGAUAAGGAAUUAUAUGAUGAAUGCUAGUGUAGAUAAUGGAUCUUCUGUGUUUGAGCAGUUGUGCAUACAAGAUGGUGACAGCAACCGAUACUUCCUGAAUAAGAAUAAUUCUGAUGACCGGAUCGUCGUGUCAGCAUUUGAAGACCGCGAUUCCGUGCCGACGACGGCACGGUUCGUCUUAUAUUCGGCGGAUGAGGAAUCAACUCGUACGGCCUCAUCCGGAAGUGACGAAGAAGGGCCGAGGCAUUCGAAUGGACGACCGCGACCGUAUUAAGGAAUCAUGAAAAGUGCACUCUGCUCAUUAAUAGGCCAAUUCGAAGACCCCCCCACGCGCCAAAAAAGUGGUGUUUAUAUACCAUUCCAGGGGACAAUUUCAUAAACAUGAUAAAGCGGUUCGGAAGUUAGAGAGCGAUCGUUUACCAACAAACAAACAUUUUUUUUUCUACAGCCCUGAGUAUCGAAAUUUUCAUCCCGAUGAUUGUUAAAAAAUGGGAAUUGGAAGCUUUACAAAGAUUGGAUUUGAACUGUACAGUAGUUGACAUGGUUGAUAGUUGCGAAUUAAAACGACUGAGAAUGUGGGAUCCAUCUUACAAAAAUGUUGCGAUUGAUCCGAUCUACCAUCAUAAACAUGAUAAAGCGGUUCGGAAGUUAGAGAGCGACUGGUGACUUAGUUGCUGAAUCGUUUACCAACGAACAAAUAUUUUUUUUCUAAGGCCGCCAUCAAUUACAAGCUUAACCGCUCACGAUGGCGGUCUCCUGCGUUCAUUGAAUUUUGUUAAUGUUCCUUUUUUAUUAUCAAAAUGUGAAGUAUAUGCCCACACCAUUUUUUCCUUCAAAUUAUGUAUUAUGUUUAUAUUGUAUGCAUUAUGAAUUAUUUUGUAUAUUACAAACAAUGUAAAUAUUUAUGAUAAUAUAUUGUGAACGCAGAAAUAAAAAUAAAACAAACAAAACAAACCACAGUCCACAACUAUGGAAAGCCAGCAACGUCAACAUAUAAAAUCAUGUUUGUUCAAAAAAAUUCUUGAUACGAUGUAUAAUUCAUACAGACAUCAAUAACAAAAAAGACAUUUUGCAGAAUUCUUGUAGGAAAAAUUAUAGCAAUGAUGGAUUUCCAUAUAACUGAGACUAAUCGGAUCAAUCACAACUCUGUGUAAGACGGAACCCUGCUGAUUUAUAUAGCAUCAAAUCCGUUUGUAAAGUCAUGCGUAACUUACGCAAGUAGCUUUAUGAAACACCACCCAAAGUAUUAUACUACAUCCGGGAACUACGUGGAUUUGCGUUCCCUAUAUGGAAUAAGAACGUAUUCCACAGGAUAUUUUUUGCAAUUUUACAUACAAAUGAGAAUAUACGUAUCAUGUUUGUUUCAAUCGUCUUAUCUUAAUUUUCAUCCCAAAGGAGAUAAAAAAAAUCCUGGAUACGCUCUUUGCAGCUCUGUGAUUAAACUCUUUCUGAAUUUGUACAAUGAGAUAAUGUUCAGAUGCUUCUAUUAAUAAUCAUAAAAACAAGUUACCGAGAGGGGGAGCUAAAUAUUUUCAGAUGAAAGCUACAAAAAAAAAUUUUCAUAAGGAAUCAACGGUUCUAAUAAAGAGAGAGAGAGGGAGGGAGAGGGAGGGAUAGAGAGAGAGAGGGGGGGGGAGAUUAAUGGUGACUAUUCAAUAAUAAAUGUUAGACGAUACUUAAAUAUAAUUCGAUGUAUAAUAUUUAAAUUUGUCAGUUGCUUGAUCUUGUUAUGUUUUGCAUUUUACUUUAGGAACUAUAGUAUGAUUUGAACUGAAUGAAUUUAAUAACAAAAUAAAUAUUAAUCCAAAACACAUAUACAUACAAAUGAAUAAUAAUCAAAUGGGAUUUCCAUUCACCUUUAAGAGAGCUAGAAAAGGAUUCCGGGCAGCGCAAAGUGAAUAGACCUAUCUGUAAUGCACAUUCUGUAUGAGAUGAAUAAAGACUUUUAAUUUAUUGUUGAACAAGAAUGAGUAGGUUCUUCUUUAUCACAGUUUGAUUACCGAUGAUCGAUCCGAAUAAGAGAGAGUCUACCUGAAAAAAUGUAUUUUAAUAAUUAUAAACAGACAAAUCAAAGCAUUUUGUAUACUGAAUGAUAGAAUAAAAGUUAUAGAAUAUUUAAGUUCGACUUCUUUAUUUUUAAAUAUUUAUAUGCACAAUAAAGUAAUAUGCAAAUGAGAGGAUUGAUGAUGUCACUUUCUCAGUAUUCCUUUUCUUUUAUGAUAGAAAAUGAAAUGUUUCACUUGGCAGAUUUGAAAAUAUUAAGGUUGCGUCUAUGUAUCAAUCAUUAAAAAAGUUGCAACAAUGGUACUUCCAAUAUCUUUUAGGGAUGACUCAAGCCUUGUUCACAUGAAAGAUUAAGAUAUUUCAUAUCACAAAAUACAAAAUAAAUAGUGAGUGCAUGCAUAGGUGACGUCAUCGGUCCCUUCAUUUGCAUACCGACCAGAAUGUGUAUAUAAAGUGUCAUGUGAUAUUUUGAGAUCAUUUAACUUAUUUUAUUUCGCAUCCGAUUUUGAUAAAAAAAUUUUAGCUUUCAAUUAAUUUGAUUAAGAAGUUUUGACAAUAAAUCAGAUAUAUACAUC